CGAUCGAGGCGGGAUAGUCAGUGAGUUCCACUUACCCGCCUCCACUCUCCCAGGCUCCACUCUCCCAGGCGCCACUCUCCCAGGAGUUUUUCUGUCGGUCACCAGUUGAAUUCCCGGCGCCGUCUCCCAUCUGUUUACAUUCUACUGCAUUACCUUAAUACACUCUUACCUCACGUCUGUGCGAGGAAGGAGGUUGAUGGUAUGUGUUGACAUCAUCGACGUGUGGCGUAGGUAACGUGGACGUCUAGGUAAUCACAGGAGAGAUGUCAAGCGCGUCCCUCGCAGCGAACGGCCAGAAUGGGCGGUGGGUGGCGAACCCGGAAUCAGCGAUUAAUUUCGGCAUCGUCUACAGGGACUUCUUGCCCUCGUUGGACCCAGAUAGCUCCUCCUGCUGCUCCACCAGCUACAAGAGCUUCAGUGAGACGGUGCAACAAGCCAACGAAUGGCUGAGUGACCGCGAGGGAUGUGAAGUGGUGGCAUGUGACAGCCUCGCGUGUACCUCAGCUGGCCUGCCCUCCUACCUCCCCGACUCCUGGCCUAUCACCACGCACCUCAGGGGUCUGCGGGUGUGGGUACGGGACCCAAAUGACGAUGAAUCCACCACUGAGAGUGGACGUUCCUUGCUCAGCUACCGGGACUUCACACCACACCUUGGAAAGAAGAACUUGUUCAGUCGAGAUUACGAGGAUUCGAACGUCGUAUUGGAACGCCUCAACUCCUACCUGUCCUUCCGCAGCUCCUCCGUCCGUGUCCUGGGCGUCGAGACUUUGGACACCCCUUUGACCGGGCUGUUGGACCUAGACGUCGACACUGAGAAGUCCUCCCUAACCUUCCACCAACACGGCUUUACCAAGUACUGUCGGUCACUGCGUGUGUUCCUGGUGACGCAAUACCACGGGAAGAAGCAGAUCCGCUCCCACAGUCCUCACCCACUGCCAAGGGUCGUGUUCAUGGACUUCACCCCCAAGGACCAGUCUCAGGGCUUGGCCAGAGAUGAGGCGAUGGUGUCGGAGAUGAUAAAGCGAGCCUUGAGAUGGUGCUGUACUAAUGAUGGCGUCACCUUCCUCAACCUACAGGUCCUGCAUGCAAAGGCUGGAAAAAACACCACUGCUUCUACCUGGUUACUUGAGAAUCCUGGCCACGUCUUCAACAAAUUCUUUUCUUUCGUCCGCAUCUUUUACACUAUACAAGGGACGAUUCAAACGGAAGAGAAAGAAAGCACCAGUAGUGACGAAGGCGACGUUGUUUUCACGUCUGCAGGAUAUAACUUGGCUUUAGAGUUUACUGAGGUGAGUGACAACAGUGACGCCAUCACCCCUAGGAAGGCGCUGCCCCCCAUUAAGGACUUCUCACACAACAAUUUGAAGAGCUUGCCGCAGGGGAGCGAGUCUGAGGACCAUCAAGACAACUCUCACAUCGUCGUGGAGGAUGUGCCCAGUCUACCUGGGGUUAUAAGUGUGGCGACAGCUCCGAUAUCACCCAACCCCAUCAGUGGCAUCUACUGUAAGACCUUCCUACCCAAACUGGUCUCCUCAGGAGGAGUGUGUGGGCGGGCAGUAUGGGAGUCACCAGAGGAGACUGUCGACCGUCUCAACGCCUGGGUGGCCGCCUCUCGAGCCACCCUCCUCAACCUCCACACCCGUUACGUCUACACCCGAGGUCGGUCUGAAGUGGACCCGGAGGUAGCGCGGUGGGUGCGGUACCGGGUAAAUGGAGGACAUGUGGCCGUGUAUCACCUGGUGCUGAGGGGCGGCCGCUCCCCGCCCACCAUCCCGCCCAACCCUCCUGAACCAACUUCCUCCUGCGUCAUCCUUUAAGACCCAGCUGAUAUAGUGACCACCACAGGACCAACCGGUGUAGUGACUACCACAGAACCAGCCGGUGUAGUGACCACAGGACCAGCCGGUGUAGUGACCACCACAGGACCAGCCGGUGUAGUGACCACCACAGAACCAGCCGGUGUAGUGACAACCACAGGACCAGCCGGUGUAGUGACCACCACAGGACCAGCCGGUGUAGUGACCACCACAGGACCAGGUGGUGUAGUGACCACCACAGGACCAGCCGGUGUAGUGACCACCACAGGACCAGCCGGUGUAGUGACCACCACAGGACCACUGGUGUAGUGACCACCACAGGACCAGCCGGUGUAGUGACCACCACAGGACCAGCUGGUGUAGUGACAACAUACGAACUACACAUUUACAGUAACAUCAUGAUAAUGAUUAUUGUGUAGUGUUCUUGGAAAUGUUAUUAAACUAUUGUAUAUAUCUAUUGCGAGGUGCAGCAGUGUCCUUCACCAUGGUCACUGUUACACCAGCAAGGCUGUGAAUGGUAUUACACACACACACACACAUACUCCUAAUAAUCCAGUAAUGUAUAAUAUUUACAAUAUUUUUGUCUUCUCAAUGUGAUAUUCAAAUCUCUCUUCUUCAUCAACCAUAUUAAUGAUACGAAAUCGGCAUGUGCACCUGUGACAACCGGGGUACCACAUGACAGUGUAUUGGGCCCGUUGUGUUUGUUUACUUCAUAAAUGACAUGCCAGAAGCUAUAUUGACAUAGUGCACGAUGUUAACAUUUACCAGGAACUUUACCGAAUUUAACAAAAUAUUAACAUUGACUGGCAUUUACUGGGAAUUUGGGAACAUUUCAUUCCAAUGCAGAUCUGAUAAUCAUAAAGUUUGUUUAAUAAGAAAAACUCUUAUGUAUACAACGUUUAUAAAUAUACAGUGUUUAGAGGGCCAAAGAGUUCUUCCCGUAUAUCAUUUAUGUAUGUUUUGAGUGGGCCCAGUGUGUAUACUGCCUCACCUACUGGCCUGGCUAUAGUGAUGAACUGUGUCUGUUCUUGAUUUACUUUAUUCUAUAUUAAGUGUCAUCUGACUUUAGUCAUAGUUUAUCUCGGUUCUCUUGUUUUGUCAGGAUUAAUAGUAAAAUAUCUACAGUGUAUGGUGAUGUGUAAUUUCCAAUGUAUAACAAAUCAUGAUUUUAUCUCUAAAAUAAAGUCAGGUAUUUUACCAUUCAAGAUUGAAUGUACAAGACCAUACAAAUAUAUAUUAUGAAAACUGAAUAA